AUGACGGUUCAAUUUCACAGAAAGCUCCAGUAUAGAAGUUAUACCCCUCUGGGUACAUCUGUUUUCACAGGCCCAGCUAACACGAAUGUUCACACGAUUGAAAAGCCUCGUCACUCGUUGUACCAAUUGCAUUUGCUUAUUUCAAGCACCAGGAGCCCUUUAGUGAAAGACCAUGAUCUGGCCGUUAUCAAUUUCGGGAUAAUUGAGAAAAUCGUCCUAGACAUUUUAGCCAAUCAUUUGGAUUUCACGUAUGACAUUGUUCCUCCCCGGGACAUUAUGUCAACUGGUUUUUUGCAGCGAAACGGUUCGUGGACUGGAACAACAGGACAAUUGCAACGCAAGGAAGUUGAUAUGUGCGUCACUAUGAGCGUAGCGUCGUCCAGUAAAGCAAAGAUAAUCGAUAUUUCUUAUCCAGUGGUAUAUGCAGAUUCAGCUAUACUUAUCUCUUUCCCAACAGAAAAUAGUAGAAUCUGGUCUGAAACAUCAUCGUUCGAAGUUCCGGCUUGGAUUGCCAUUUUGGUUACGUUCAUUACUACCGUUCUAGUGUCGUGGAUCAUUGUUCGCGUCAACAAUUCAAGACUGGUCGCUAAGACUCCCAGUUUGAGUUACUGGUUUAUGUUCUAUUUUGGCUUGUGGACAGCUCAAGGUGUUACUCCGAGAAGUUCCUCGACAUCAUUUCGAUUAGUUUGCUGCGCUUCUUUGUUUGGGAUUUACAUCGCCGUCAAUUACUUUACGGCGUCUUACACUUCGAUUCUAUCUACACCAGUGUUUAAAACGGCUGUCAAUUCCGUCGAAGAUUUAGCCAGAAGCACAACAGUUAAAACUCUUCUUAACAAAGGAUCGAGCACCGAAGAGCUCAUUUUGUCAUCGUCGGAUCCGGCUCUAAAAAAAAUUGCAGCUCAAAUGCGACGCCAUCCUGAACAAAGAAUCGUGAAUACAUUGACGGUCCACGAUAUAUCUAAAAUCAUACACGAUGACACUGCUCUGAUUAUGGCCGAAUCCAAUGCAAUAUCUCUCAUAGAAACUAGCUAUAAAGCCAACCGCAAAUGUCUUGUGACUCUGGCUGAGAAAACCUUCCUCAGUCGUCCUCAAGGCUUCACCUAUCCGAAGAACAGUCCGAUAGCAAAAACGGUUGAUUACAAGCUGCUGCUGAUGCAUCAAGCUGGAUUGAUUCAAUACGCUGAACGAACGGCCAAAUCGCAGAAUCCCUGCCGUGUUUCUGAUUUGGCAAACGCCCAAGCUCAUAAAAUUGCUCCUCUUGGACGAAAGGAAAUGAGUGGAUCCUUUGUCAUCUUGGCUUUGGGCAUUGCUACAAGUCUCUUCGUUUUUUUGGUCGAAGUAAUUGUCACAAAAAUGAAGAAAGCAUUCGCACGCAAAUAG